CUCAGCAGUGCAGCGAGCAGCUCCGCGCGGCUCCACCGCUACACACUGAUCCGCGGGGUGCUGCUGGAGGAGGGCGCUCCGAUACAAGUGGACUUGAGAGGGGCUUGUACCCGCCUCCUGCUUCCCUCCACAAUCCGAGAGAAGAGGCAACAAUCUCAUCGUGACAGACGGGACGCGUAUCGAGUGUUUCUUUUCCUGCAUGUUUUUUGCGCACCAGGCUGUCCGAGCGCGCAAUCAAGAGUCGUUUAGUUGGGGUUGGAGCCCCUCUUCACUUCCACACCUGAUCCCGUAUUCGCAUAACCUGUACCUGUCAUCCAGAGGGGGAGAUGUGGGAAGGCUCUCUGACCUCCGCUGCAUCCAGGCUGUUCCUGCUGUGCGCCUGGCUGGAAGUGUAGCCGCCGUGUCCCGGAGAGGAUGCCGAACAGAUACUGGAUCUGUGUGUGUGCAUAAAGAAGUAUCCAGGUGCAAAACACCACCUCUGGCAGUCAUGAGGAAUAGAGGGCUGAAGACGCAGUCCUGAAGAUUGAUGGAGGGCCAUGCUAUUCAAACAGCAGGCAUUGCUGAGACAGAAGCUCUUCGUUCUGGGCAGCCUUGCAAUCGGAAGUGUCCUCUAUCUUGUGGCCAGGGUUGGGACCUUGGAUAGGCUACAGCCCAUUUGCCCCAUCGAGAGCAGACUGCCCCCCCCUGAGCCAGAGCAAAUCCCUCUCCGCACCCUACAAUUCAAGCGUGGCCUGCUCCAUGAACUACGCAAGGGCAAUGCCACCAAAGAGCAAAUCCGCCUGCACAACCUGGUCCAGCAGCUGCCUCGGGCCAUUAUCAUUGGGGUGCGCAAGGGGGGCACACGCGCCCUGCUGGAGAUGCUCAACCUGCAUCCGGCAGUGGUCAAGGCCUCGCAAGAGAUCCACUUCUUUGACAAUGACCAAAACUACGCCCGGGGCAUCGACUGGUACAGGGAGAAAAUGCCUUUCUCCUUCCCUCAUCAGAUCACCAUUGAGAAGAGCCCUGCUUACUUCAUCACAGAGGAGGUCCCUGAACGCAUUUUCAAGAUGAACUCCUCCAUCAAGCUGCUGAUCAUCGUCCGCGAGCCCACGACCAGAGCUGUGUCUGACUACACGCAAGUGCUGGAGGGUAAAGAGCGCAAAAACAAAACCUACCACAAAUUUGAAAAGCUGGCCAUCGACAGCAACACCUGCGAGGUGAACACAAAGUACAAAGCAGUCCGCACCAGCAUCUACACCAAACACUUGGAGCGCUGGCUGAAGUACUUUCCUGUGGAGCAGUUCCACAUUGUAGAUGGGGAUCGCCUCAUCACAGACCCGCUGCCAGAGCUGCAGCUUGUCGAGCGCUUCCUCAACCUCCCCUCUAGGAUCAGUCAGUACAACCUGUACUUCAAUGCCACCAGGGGAUUUUACUGUCUGCGAUUUAACAUUGUCUUCAACAAGUGCCUGGCAGGCAGCAAGGGCCGUAUCCAUCCAGAGGUGGACCCAUCAGUAGUGACUAAACUACAGAAAUUCUUUCAUCCCUUCAAUCAGAAGUUUUACCAGAUCACUGGUAGGACAUUCAACUGGCCAUGAUGAGCUUUGAACUCCUACGAGAUUCUGUGGAUUGGUGUUUUUUUUAAAAUGCCAAGCUACGAGAUCUCGAAAGAUAUUAAUAGCACUUUGAUUGAAUUUAAAUACAAGAAUGACAGUGUGACCAAAUAUAAAAGAAAGUUGAUGUUAGUUUGUUUUUACGUGUGAAAUUAACACAAAGUAGUUUGAUGGUUUGACUAAAGGAUUGAGUUCAAAGCACUUGAUCUUGCAAAUGAAUUCACUUGUCUGUCAUUGUUCCCCGUGAAGAAAAAGCCCAGUGCUGAACUGUGUGAUUAACUGAAGAGAUUAUUUUUGUUUCUUUUUAAAAGACUAUCAAACACCAACAUUCAUGCUGUUAAGAUAAGCUUUAAGUGUGAUGCUUUUUCAUGAUUAAACAUCUUAAAAGAUGACAAAAUGACAUCUGAUAAACAACAAAAUUGUUCAUUUGUUCUUCAUCACGCUGUUUAUUUGACCAAAACUGCAUGUGCAAUCAAAACGCCAUCUAACAUUGUAGGCUCUUCUCUUAGUCAUCUUUUGUUUAUUGUUAUUUGAAACCGUUGCAGGGUUUUUUCCCCACCAUAUCUUAUUUUCAAUUCAUGCUGUGAUUAAUCCAUUAGAAGAUGACCUCCUUUAAUUCUCAAUACAACACCCAGCCUGAAAAACAGAACAGGCUCCUCAGAAUAUGAUCUUUUGUUUCAAGCUUAAAUCAAACCAUAUCCGAAACUUUCAAAGCAUUUAAGACUCAAGAUUGUGUUUUAUUGUAAGUACGUUGUUUCUUCCCACCUUCAGCUUUUACAUUGGUUUGUGAAACACCUGGCAAAAAGCCAUAGUAUUAAAAAAAAAGUAAUCUGAUGAUGAUGAUCAUCAGAAGGUCUGAUGAUUCUCGUCAACCAACUGUUUAUUCUAUGAUGAUAAGCGAAAUUUGUCUGUUUCUGUGCAAAUAGUCAUUCUGUAUCAUAAGUGUGUUGUUAAAAAAGGUUAAAUUAAAAGAACAUGAAAACAUUU